AGCCCGUCCUGCAGCAGGACGAUCGGACUGCGGCAGGCCGACGCGGCUAGGCGCUCGAGUAGGCUGCAGCGGCCGCCCGACGCUAGGUCGAAGCUCUUGUAGUCUGGACUGGGAGCUCCUGUCGCGCAACACCUGUCCUACUGCGCGCACAGCCCGGGCUCGCGCAGCUCACCGGCCGCUGCAGGGUCCGCACCCGUUGCCUCGCGGGAUCGCUGGGCGCCCAGCCGGCCUCUGCUGUCCAUCUCCACCCGAGCCAGCCAAUCGCCUGCCCCUGCCUCGGCCGCACCUCCCGGAAUCUCUGAUGGGCGUGAGAGCCAGCCUAUGAGAUUGGGAUCCUGGCGGUCUGGACCGGGAGCGGGAGCCAAUGAGCAAAAUUCCAGAGGCAAUUGCUCUUGGAUCCUUCUGUUUACAAUGGCGCAGAGAACUGGACUGGAGGAUCCGGAGCGGUAUCUCUUUGUGGACAGGGCUGUCAUCUACAACCCUGCCACUCAAGCUGAUUGGACAGCUAAAAAGCUAGUGUGGAUUCCAUCAGAACGCCAUGGUUUUGAGGCGGCCAGUAUCAAAGAAGAACGAGGAGAUGAAGUUAUGGUGGAGCUGGCGGAGAAUGGAAAGAAAGCAAUGGUCAACAAAGACGACAUUCAGAAGAUGAAUCCACCUAAGUUUUCCAAGGUGGAGGAUAUGGCUGAGUUGACGUGCUUGAAUGAAGCUUCUGUCUUACAUAACCUGAAGGACCGCUACUAUUCAGGACUUAUCUACACUUAUUCUGGACUCUUCUGUGUAGUCAUAAAUCCUUAUAAGAACCUCCCAAUUUACUCUGAGAAUAUCAUCGAAAUGUACAGAGGGAAGAAACGUCAUGAGAUGCCUCCACACAUCUAUGCUAUAUCUGAAUCUGCGUACAGAUGCAUGCUUCAAGAUCGUGAGGACCAGUCAAUUCUUUGCACGGGUGAAUCGGGUGCUGGGAAGACAGAAAAUACUAAGAAGGUCAUUCAGUACCUUGCCCAUGUUGCUUCUUCACAUAAAGGAAGAAAAGAUCAUAAUAUUCCUCAGGACUCACCUAAACCCGUGAAACACCAGGGGGAACUUGAACGGCAGCUUUUGCAAGCAAAUCCAAUUCUGGAAUCAUUUGGAAAUGCAAAGACUGUGAAAAAUGAUAACUCAUCUCGUUUUGGCAAGUUUAUUCGGAUCAACUUUGAUGUAACUGGCUAUAUUGUUGGGGCCAACAUUGAAACAUACCUUCUAGAAAAAUCUCGGGCUGUUCGUCAAGCAAAAGAUGAACGUACUUUUCAUAUCUUUUACCAGUUGCUAUCUGGAGCAGGAGAACACCUGAAAUCUGACUUACUCCUUGAGGGAUUUAGUAACUACAGAUUCCUGUCGAAUGGCUAUAUUCCUAUUCCGGGCCAGCAAGACAAGGACAACUUCCAGGAGACCAUGGAAGCGAUGCACAUAAUGGGCUUCUCUCACGAAGAGAUUCUGUCCAUGCUUAAAGUAGUAUCGUCGGUGCUACAGUUUGGAAAUAUUUCUUUCAAAAAGGAGAGAAAUACUGAUCAAGCUUCCAUGCCAGAAAAUACAGUCGCGCAGAAGCUCUGCCACCUGCUUGGGAUGAACGUGAUGGAGUUCACUCGGGCCAUCCUCACCCCCCGGAUCAAGGUCGGCCGGGACUAUGUGCAGAAAGCCCAGACGAAAGAACAGGCAGAUUUUGCAGUAGAAGCAUUGGCAAAAGCUACCUAUGAGCGGCUCUUUCGCUGGCUUGUUCACCGGAUCAAUAAGGCUCUGGAUAGAACCAAACGUCAGGGAGCAUCUUUCAUUGGAAUCCUGGAUAUUGCUGGAUUUGAAAUUUUUGAGCUCAAUUCUUUUGAGCAACUGUGCAUCAACUACACCAAUGAGAAGCUGCAGCAGCUGUUCAACCACACCAUGUUUGUGCUGGAGCAGGAGGAGUACCAGCGUGAGGGCAUCGAGUGGAACUUCAUCGACUUCGGCCUCGACCUGCAGCCCUGCAUCGACCUCAUAGAGAGGCCCGCUAACCCUCCUGGUGUCCUGGCCCUUCUGGAUGAAGAGUGCUGGUUCCCUAAAGCCACAGAUAAAACUUUUGUUGAAAAACUGGUUCAAGAGCAAGGUUCCCACUCCAAGUUUCAGAAACCUCGACAAUUGAAAGACAAAGCUGACUUUUGCAUCAUACAUUAUGCAGGGAAGGUGGACUACAAGGCGGAUGAAUGGCUGAUGAAGAACAUGGACCCUCUGAAUGACAACGUAGCCACCCUCCUGCACCAGUCAUCAGACAGAUUCGUGGCUGAGCUCUGGAAGGAUGUGGACCGUAUUGUGGGUCUGGAUCAAGUCACUGGUAUGACUGAGACAGCUUUUGGCUCUGCGUACAAAACCAAGAAGGGCAUGUUUCGCACCGUUGGGCAGCUCUACAAAGAAUCCCUCACGAAGCUGAUGGCAACUCUCCGGAACACAAACCCCAACUUUGUUCGCUGCAUCAUUCCAAAUCACGAGAAGCGGGCUGGAAAGCUGGAUCCUCACCUAGUGCUGGAUCAGCUGCGCUGUAACGGCGUCCUGGAAGGCAUCAGGAUCUGUCGCCAGGGCUUUCCCAACCGGAUAGUUUUCCAGGAAUUCAGACAAAGAUACGAGAUCCUAACUCCCAAUGCUAUUCCUAAAGGUUUCAUGGAUGGCAAACAGGCUUGUGAACGAAUGAUCCGGGCUUUAGAGUUGGACCCAAACCUGUAUAGAAUUGGACAGAGCAAAAUAUUUUUCAGAGCCGGAGUUUUAGCACACUUAGAAGAAGAGAGAGAUUUGAAAAUCACCGAUAUCAUCAUCUUCUUCCAGGCGGUCUGCAGAGGUUACCUUGCCAGAAAGGCUUUCGCCAAGAAGCAGCAGCAGCUCAGCGCACUGAAGGUCCUGCAGCGGAACUGCGCCGCCUACCUGAAGCUACGGCACUGGCAGUGGUGGCGGGUUUUCACCAAGGUGAAGCCUCUCCUGCAAGUCACUCGCCAGGAGGAGGAGCUUCAGGCCAAAGAUGAAGAGCUGCUAAAGGUGAAGGAGAAGCAGACAAAGGUGGAAGGGGAGCUGGAGGAGAUGGAGAGGAAGCACCAGCAGCUCCUAGAAGAGAAGAACAUCCUUGCAGAACAGCUGCAAGCAGAAACUGAGCUGUUUGCUGAAGCAGAAGAGAUGAGAGCAAGACUUGCCGCGAAAAAGCAAGAAUUAGAGGAGAUUCUCCAUGACCUGGAGUCUAGGGUGGAAGAAGAAGAAGAGAGAAACCAAAUCCUUCAAAAUGAAAAGAAAAAAAUGCAAGCACAUAUUCAGGACCUGGAAGAGCAGCUAGACGAGGAGGAAGGGGCCCGGCAGAAGCUGCAGCUGGAGAAGGUGACAGCAGAGGCGAAAAUCAAGAAGAUGGAAGAGGAGAUUCUCCUUCUUGAGGACCAGAACUCCAAGUUUGUGAAAGAAAAGAAACUCAUGGAAGAUCGCAUUGCUGAGUGUUCUUCGCAGCUGGCUGAAGAGGAAGAAAAGGCAAAAAACCUGGCCAAAAUCAGGAAUAAGCAAGAAGUGAUGAUCUCAGACUUGGAAGAACGCUUGAAGAAGGAAGAGAAGACUAGGCAGGAGCUGGAAAAGGCCAAGAGGAAACUUGAUGGUGAAACAACUGACCUGCAGGACCAGAUUGCUGAGCUCCAGGCACAGGUGGAUGAGCUGAAAAUCCAGCUAGCCAAGAAGGAGGAGGAGCUGCAGGGGGCGCUAGCCAGAGGCGACGAUGAGACACUGCACAAGAAUAAUGCACUGAAAGUUGUGCGAGAGCUGCAGGCCCAAAUUGCUGAACUUCAGGAAGACUUUGAGUCUGAGAAGGCUUCACGGAACAAGGCAGAGAAGCAGAAAAGGGACUUGAGUGAGGAGUUGGAAGCUCUGAAGACAGAACUGGAGGAUACUCUGGACACCACAGCGGCCCAGCAGGAACUGCGCACCAAACGGGAACAGGAGGUGGCAGAGCUGAAGAAGGCUCUUGAGGAAGAAACUAAAAACCAUGAAGCUCAAAUCCAGGACAUGAGACAGAGACACGCGACAGCCCUGGAGGAGCUCUCGGAGCAGCUGGAGCAGGCCAAGAGGUUCAAGGCGAAUCUGGAGAAGAACAAGCAGGGGCUUGAAACAGACAACAAGGAGCUGGCGUGUGAGGUAAAGGUGCUGCAGCAGGUCAAGGCGGAGUCUGAGCACAAGAGGAAGAAGCUCGACGCCCAGGUCCAGGAGCUCCAUGCCAAGGUCUCAGAAGGAGACAGGCUUAGGGUGGAGCUGGCCGAGAAGGCAAACAAGCUGCAGAAUGAGUUGGAUAAUGUGUCCAGCCUCCUGGAAGAAGCAGAGAAGAAGGGUAUUAAGUUUGCUAAGGACGCAGCUAGUCUGGAGUCUCAACUUCAGGAUACACAGGAGCUCCUUCAGGAGGAGACACGCCAGAAACUGAACCUGAGCAGCCGGAUCCGGCAGCUGGAAGAGGAGAAGAACAGUCUUCAGGAGCAGCAGGAGGAGGAGGAAGAGGCCAGGAAGAACCUGGAAAAGCAGGUGUUGGCCCUGCAGCUACAGUUGGCUGAUACCAAGAAGAAAGUAGAUGAUGAUUUAGGAACCAUCGAGAGUUUGGAAGAAGCCAAAAAGAAGCUUCUUAAAGAUGUGGAGGCUCUAAGCCAGCGCCUGGAAGAGAAGGCACUAGCGUAUGAUAAGCUGGAGAAGACCAAAAACCGCCUGCAGCAGGAGCUCGACGACCUGACCGUGGACCUGGACCACCAGCGCCAGAUUGUCUCCAACUUGGAGAAGAAGCAGAAGAAGUUCGAUCAGCUGUUAGCAGAAGAGAAGAACAUCUCUGCUCGCUAUGCAGAAGAGCGGGAUCGUGCAGAAGCAGAGGCUAGAGAGAAAGAAACUAAAGCCCUGUCACUGUCCCGCGCACUUGAAGAAGCCCUAGAGGCCAAGGAGGAGUUUGAGAGGCAAAACAAGCAGCUCCGGGCAGACAUGGAAGACCUGAUGAGCUCCAAAGACGACGUGGGGAAGAACGUUCAUGAACUUGAAAAGUCCAAACGGGCCCUAGAACAGCAGGUGGAAGAAAUGAGGACCCAGCUAGAGGAGCUGGAAGAUGAGCUCCAGGCCACAGAGGAUGCCAAGCUCCGCCUGGAGGUCAACAUGCAGGCCAUGAAGGCCCAGUUCGAGAGGGACUUGCAAACCAGAGACGAGCAGAAUGAAGAAAAGAAGCGGCUGCUGAUCAAACAGGUGCGAGAGCUCGAGGCAGAGCUAGAAGAUGAGCGGAAACAGCGGGCGCUUGCUGUGGCUGCAAAGAAGAAGAUGGAAAUAGACCUGAAAGACCUGGAAGCUCAGAUAGAAGCUGCAAACAAGGCUCGGGAUGAAGUAAUCAAGCAGCUUCGCAAACUUCAGGCUCAAAUGAAGGAUUAUCAGCGUGAAUUGGAAGAAGCUCGUGCAUCCCGAGAUGAGAUUUUUGCCCAAUCCAAAGAGAGUGAAAAGAAAUUGAAAAGUCUGGAAGCUGAGAUCCUUCAAUUGCAAGAGGAACUAGCCUCAUCGGAGCGCGCUCGCCGACAUGCCGAGCAGGAGAGAGAUGAGCUGGCCGAUGAGAUCGCCAACAGCGCUUCUGGCAAGUCCGCACUGCUAGAUGAGAAGCGGCGUCUGGAGGCCCGGAUUGCACAGCUGGAGGAGGAGCUGGAAGAAGAGCAGAGCAACAUGGAGCUGCUCAAUGAUCGUUUCCGAAAGACCACGCUACAGGUGGACACCCUGAACACAGAGUUGGCAGCUGAGCGCAGCGCUGCCCAGAAGAGUGAUAAUGCACGUCAGCAACUGGAGCGACAGAACAAGGAACUGAAAGCCAAGCUACAAGAGCUGGAAGGUGCUGUCAAGUCCAAGUUCAAGGCCACCAUCUCAGCCCUGGAAGCCAAGAUUGGGCAGCUGGAGGAGCAGCUUGAGCAGGAAGCCAAGGAACGAGCAGCUGCCAACAAGCUGGUCCGUCGCACUGAAAAGAAGCUGAAAGAAAUCUUCAUGCAGGUAGAAGAUGAGCGCCGACAUGCAGAUCAGUAUAAAGAGCAGAUGGAAAAGGCCAACGCCAGGAUGAAGCAGCUGAAACGCCAGCUGGAGGAGGCUGAAGAGGAAGCUACACGUGCAAAUGCGUCUCGGCGAAAGCUCCAGCGGGAACUGGAUGAUGCUACUGAGGCCAAUGAGGGUCUGAGCCGUGAGGUCAGCACACUGAAGAACCGGCUGAGGCGGGGUGGCCCAAUCAGCUUUUCUUCAAGCCGGUCUGGCCGGCGCCAGCUGCACAUCGAGGGGGCUUCCCUGGAGCUAUCAGACGAUGACACAGAAAGUAAGACCAGUGAUAUCAACGAAACACAGCCACCCCAGUCUGAGUAGACACAGGAAGCCAGAGACGACGACACAGGGGGACACACAGGAACUCAUCCAGCACCAGUCUGCCUGGUGCCUCCUACCGAUUCAGGAAUCAGCAAGCUGCGGGAUUCCUUCUGGAAAGAUCAACUGUGUCUUUGGGCUUUUGGCCUACGCAGACUGUAUCCUGCUUAACUAGGUACAAUUGCUCCCCUUUUUAUAUAUAUCCACACAAAAGACACACAUAUUAGACAGAUUGUCUCAUCAUUGCAUCUAUUUUCCAUGUAUUCAUCAAAAGACCAUUUUAUAAGACAUGUUAAGAGGAGAACCCUUUUUAAAACAGAAACUCCAGGCCCUCCAUUGCCAGUCGCUGGGCUGUGGGGGCAACCCCAUGGUCGUUGCUCAGUCGCUCUGCAUGCUCUGUCGUACAAACAGGAAACUUAGUUCUGUGUUUCAUGUGGCCCUGACUCCUCCGCCACAUCCAGUCUCUUAGAACAUUGUGGAACCUAAACUGCACUUGUUUCUCUCAGAUCCUUCAAAUAAUGAUCACUGUUUCAGUGAGCAAACUGUGAAAGGGGCUCUGGAAAGAUUCAGAGGGGUGGGUUGGACUGGGGGAAGCCACAUCCAUUUAGGGUUACCAUGCCUGUCUCCCAAGGAGAGGCUCCACCCCUCGAGUUGGUGGUGUCCCCACAUCUACUCAUGUGAACCGUCCUGGCCAGGGCUAGUCUGUGCAUAGAGAGGGUGGUGGCCAUGAUGCGGCUGAGGCCACAGGUGACAGCCAGAUGGUCUCCUCAAGUCAGGUUGGGCCAGCUCUUCAGGAGCAAGCAGCUGCGGCCCCGCAGGAGCUAGCAGAAGACCCUCCUCGCCAGCCAGGCCCUUGUGCUGACCUUGCAUAUUCAGCCACUGCUUUGAGCCCAAAAUGGGAAUGUUGGUUUUGUGUCCAAGGAUUGUUCCAAGUUUGUCAGCGAGGUUGAGAGGACCUCACAAAUAGAUGCCAUCUGCCUGAAUGUUGACAUGCCAGUGGGUGUGAACCCUUCUUUCAUUUUUCCUUUCCCCUUCCCUUUGGACAGUGUUACAGUGAACACUUUAGCAUUCUGUUUUUGGUUGAUAGUUGAGCAAACUGACAUUACAGAAAGUGCCUUAGACACUACAGUACUAAGACAAUGUUAAAUAUAUCAUUUGCCUCUAUAACAAUUUAAUGUAUUAAGUUUUGACUAUGCUUCAUAUCAUGUACCUCUCUAGUCAAAGUGGUAUUAUAAACAUUCAGUGACAACAAAUCAGUGUUAAUGAUAAAUCCCUGAUCCUCUGCAAUGUGCUUGAAAACACAAACCUUUUGGGUUAAAAGCUUUAACAUCUGUUAGGAACAGUUUGUCAUGUGGGUUUGGAAUCUCCGAUUUCUCCCUGUAUGAAUUGUACUGGCUGUUGACCACCAGACACCUGACUGCAAAUAUCUUUUCUUGUAUUCCCAUAUUUCUAGACAAUGAUUUUUGUAAGACAAUAAAUUUAUUCAUUAUAGA